AUGAAUUCACUGAUGGGUGUGCUGGACAAUACAAAUCUAAGCACACUUUUGGUGAUUUGUCAUGUUCUUUGUCUGACUUUGGGUGUCAGGUGGACCGGCAUUUCUUUGAAACCUCUCAUGAAAGGAGAGCAAGAUGCAGCAGGUGCUAAUGUCAAACAACGUGCUACUCUUGCUGUGAUUCGAAGAGAAGCAUCCAUCAAGUCUGCAAAGGAGCUCUAUGAGUAUCUGAAGGACAAGUUCUCUUUGCCAUCUUCAACCAACAGCAAAACCACCUUAAACAAGAGAGUAUACUUCUACAUUCCACUAAAUGGAGAAGGAGCUGUUGACAGAAACAGAAUUGGCCGCACUUUUAAAGAGCUAAAAGGGAUUAGAAAAAUCCACUCUGUAAAAACAACUUCUCAGCAAUGUAAGGUGAAGACAAGGCUAAGAAGCUGUAUGUGCAUUGGUUGUUUAACUGACAUGGACUGUGAAAAUGAGGAGUAUGUUGAUAAGUGGAGAGAGGUUGAGAUGUCAAGAGAAGGAGAUGUUGCAGUCACAAGGCAGAAUCAAGACUCAGUCAAUGUCAGUAAAACAGUCAAUGCACUCACUGAUCUUGUUGAAGAAGGAAGUACUGUCGCCAUUGCAGCAGCUGAUGACGCCAUAUAUGAUUACUACCUCUUCAAAGUUACAAGCAGUGGUGCCAUAAUUUUGGGUGAAGAUGAAGUUGAUGACUAUAGUGCUGCUUAUCAGAAAGGUUCCUUUGUCUUCAAGGGUAACUUUUUCCUAAGGGACAAUAUUAUAGACAUGACCUACAAGCUUGACAAUAAACAAGCUAUUGUGUAUGCAAACACUGUCAGGACUAUCUGUGGAGAACUCAAGAAAUUAAAUAGGCGUAGAAAUGUAUUAUUCCAGCUUUUACCCAACCAGCAUGAGGAAAUUAUGUCUUCUUUUUAG